ACCUCCCUCGCCCAGCGGCUAAUUUUGGCGCGUAGGGGCUCACUGCUGCCAUCGUUGCAAGCGGACAAUCCUAGGGGACGUAGGCACGCGCCGUAGGCAGCUUGACCCACAAAUAGUCGCUCCGGCUACGCCACAGCAGCCUAUCCUCAGAGAGCGAGUAGCCACGGCAGCGCGCGCGCGGGGCGCCAUUCCUGCAUCCGUCGGGCGCGGACACCCGCGAGCGCCCGCACGCAACCGCACGCAAUCAAUAACAACGGAUAGCAGGCACCAUGGCGGCACUCGCGAAGCCCGACAAACAAAGACUACCAAAAAAAGAGGCCGAGACCUUCAAGAACAUCGUCAAGUUCUACGAGACGAAGCAGUACAAGAAGGGCCUGAAGGCCGCCGACCUCGUCCUCAAAAAACACCCCGAGCACGGCGAAACUUUAGCAAUGAAGGGCCUCGUCCUGAAUUGUUUGGAUCGGAAGACGGAGGCCUACGACCACGUCAAAAAAGGUCUAAGGGCGGACAUGCGGAGCCACGUGUGCUGGCACGUCUAUGGGUUACUUUAUAGGAGCGAUAGGAACUACGAGCAAGCUAUUAAGAGCUAUAAGCAGGCCUUAAAAAUUGAUUCUGAUAACGUGCAGAUUCUCCGGGAUCUAUCCUUGCUCCAAGUGCAGCUGCGGGACACGCGCGGCUUCUUGGAGACUAGGAGGCGACUGCUCACGCUGAAGUCGACGAACAAGAUGCACUGGAUCGCGUACGCUGUUGCUAAUCAUCUCGAUGGGAAGGGUAAGGAGGCGAUCAAGGUCAUCGACGCCUACGGCGAAACGGUCAAGGAGGAAGGCAGGGAGCGGAAUUACGAGAAUUCCGAAUUGGCUCUAUAUCGGAAUUUACUGUUGGAAGAAAGCGGUAAGUAUGACGAAGCGUUGGACCAUUUAGAUGCUUGUAAAAGUGUAGUAGUCGACGGCUUCGGCUGGCGGAAGAAAAGGGCGGAAUUAUUGCUGUAUGCCGGUCGGCGCGGCACUACCAGCACAGGUGUCUUGGAUAGGAAUGAAGCCGUGAGAGCGUGGGUGUCGCUCAUAAGGCAACCGGUGGGCGCGGACAACUACCACUUCCACCGCGGGUUGCAGUGCGCUUUGUUGGAAGUAGAUGCGACGAAAUGCCUCGAGCUCAUGAGAGAAAAAGCGACGCGCACGCCGACCGAUGUGUUGGUAUUAUCAGAUACACAAGUCACGCUGUUAGACGACGCCUAUUCAACCUUAGCUUCCGAACAACCGCGCGCGGACGCGUUUGCCUGGCUGCCGCUGACCUAUUGUCCCGCGGGUCCGUCCUUCGACGCGCAGCUCGAUGCGUUCUGCCGACGGUUUAUAAAAAGAGGCGCGCCGGCUCUAGGAAGCGCGCUCGAAAGGUUGUGGGCCCCUCAACCAAAUGAUGUCGUCGAGGGCCGGUGUCGCGGUUCGCAGUGCUGUCGGAAGGUUCUGGACAUGGCAAAAACGCACGCCGCGGCACUUUCGUCAAAAAGUACCUUCGCCAACGGCGACGCUACCACACCGACGAGCGAAGCCUGGGCGUUGUAUUUACAAGCCCAUUGUCUGGAGUGGCUCGGGCAAUUGGACGAGGCCAUGGCUGUGAUUGAUCGAGCGAUAGCACAUACGCCAACAGCCGUCGACUUCCCGGAGAAGAAGGCUCGACUCCUCAAGAAGGCCGGUCGUAUUAAAGAUGCAGCGGAGAUGAUGGACACCGCCCGAAAAUUGGAUUUGGCGGAUCGGUACAUCAAUAAUAAAUGUACAAAGUACAUGUUACGAGCCGGCAACGUUGACGACGCCCGAGCCACGGCGGCGUUAUUUACUCGCGAAGAGGCCGGUGAACCGGAGCAGCAUCUGAGAGAUAUGCAAGCCUCCUGGUAUGAAUUGGAGGUUGGUUCAGCAUUGGCGCGGCGCGUGACAACCGGCACACCAGCAGAAUUGCGGGAGCUAGCUGGCCCGGCGCUCAAACUGUUUCUGAGCGUAGAAAAGCACUUCAGCGACUUCGUCGAGGACCAGUUCGACUUCCACACGUACUGCGUGCGCAAGAUGACUCUUAGAGCGUAUGUAUCUGUUUUGAAGCUGGAGGAUAACAUACGGGGGCACAAGGCCUUCGUCAAGGCUUGCGUCCAAGCCGCGGAGCUCUACUUAUUGCUACACAAGGCCGACUCGGCGGAAGUCGCCAACUGUGUGGAAAUCAACCAGUGCGUCGGGUGCUCGGCGAUGACGCGGCCGUGCCGGCUCCGUCGAGCGGUGACGAACCGGCACCGCCACGCCAUCGAGCAGGCGUCGCGUCGAUGGCGUGGAGGACGACGCGACGGUUCAGCACGAACGCGCCGUAAAAUUUGAUUUCCACACAGGUCGCCAAGCCCCAGGAAGCCGUGGACCCGAAGCUCGCCAAGGCCUUGGCCAAGAGAGAAAAGGCCAAGGCAGCGAAGGCGAAACGCAAGGCUGAAGCUGACGCCAAGGCUCAGGCCGAAGCCGCGAAAGAAGCCGCGAAAAAUGAUGACAGUAAAAAGAAGCUGCCGAAACGCGACGCUGAUGAAGAUCCGAAAGGAGAGAAAUUAGCCGCGCUCGAGCCGUUGAAGGAGGCUACUAGACUAUCCAAAGCAUUGGAGAAGUACGCGGCAUCUUCCGUAGAGACGCACGCGCUGGCCUUCGACGUGUCUAUGGUGCGGGCCAAGCCGUUGUUGGCGCUCCGCGCGUUGCGACGAUUAUCAAAACAGAGCGACCAGCGGGCCUUCGUCGUGCGGUUGGCGCGGCUGACGCAAGCGCGGCCGGCGAUGACGUUAACGGCUACGGUCGCUUCAGUGCUCGACGCGGAGCUGAAGGACUUGUUGUCUGGUGGUGACUGCGUCGCGUUUUUGCGCGGAUUCGCGGCGCGGCGGCCCUUGCUCAGGGACCGGAGCGCGGCGGCGCGGGCGCUGCACGUGCUCGGCGCCUCGGACCCGUCCCUGAUUUUGCGGGCCGACGCGGCGGACCCAGAUAUGGCGAAGCCACUGCCGGUCCGGGACUUCGAGGACGCGCUGGCGACGCUGCGGGACGGCGACGGGGCCGCGGCGGGGACGUUCCGGGAGGAAUGUCAGAGGAGGUUUCCCGGCGCGGACUUCCUCCUGAAAUAAUUAACUUAUGACAAACAUACGG